GAGACCGUCGAGGUCCCCGCUGACGCCGCCAAGGGCGCCCUUACCGUUGAGGAGGCUCUCCAGAUCGUGAUCAAGAAGGCUCUGGUCCACGACGGCCUUGUCCGUGGUGCCCGCGAGGCCAUCAAGGCCCUGGACCGCCGUGACGCCGAGCUGUGCGUUCUGUGCGAGACCACCGAGGAGGCCGGCAUCGUCGCCCUUGUCGAGGCUCUCUGCAACGAGCACAAGAUCCGCCUGAUCAAGGUCUCCGACUCGAAGAAGCUCGGUGAGAUGGCCGGUCUCUGCAAGAUCGACCGUGAGGGUAACGCCCGCAAGGUCGUUGGCUGCUCCGUCGUCGUCGUCCGCAAGUGGGGCGAGGAGUCCGAGGCUCGCAACGUCCUGCUCGAGCACUUUGGCGCCGCUCAGUAA